GUUAGCAAACCUACAGAGAGUCAGCCCUGCAGCCGCCCUCGAGCUCCACGCACCCAUCUGCAUGAGCGGGUGUUGCCCACAAGCUGAAAAAUACAAGUAAAGCAGAAAAGCUGUUUCUCUGAAGAAAACGGUCAUCUAUGAUACUCUUAUUUACUCACUGAGUCGAGGAUCACGUCAAAGAUGGACGACAUCGAUGCCAUGUUCACAGACAUGCUGCAGGAGAUGGAUCUCCUCACGCAGAGUCUGGCAGCUGAAGCUCCAGAGCAUCAGCCCGCCUCCAAGUCCAGCCAGGAAAUCAACUUCUCCAUCGGCUUCACAGAUCUCAAUGCAUCUCUAAAUGAACUGGAGGAUAAUGAUCUGGAUGCUCUGAUGGCUGAUCUGGUGGCCGACCUGAACGCCACGGAGGAAAAGUUUGCUUCUGAGAGGGUGGCCGUAAAGGAUCAUAUGCCACCCCCAUCUCUACCUGUCCCAACAGCCCAUUUUACCCCUGCAGCCCCCGCAGCCCCCGCAGCCGCCACAGCCGCCACAGCCCCCCCACCCUUCCAGCCUAAAGCUGAACUCACACGUUUGCCCAGUAAUACCUCAGGUUUGACCUCUACAGCCAGCAACACUUCAUUACCACCUCCUCCUCCGUCCAACGCUAAACUUUCUAAGGAGGAAAUAGAAGAACAGAUGAAAGCAGACAAAAUCAAACUUGCCCUGGAAAAGCUGAAAGAAGCCAAAGUGAAGAAGCUGAUAGUGAAGGUGCAGAUGACGGAUGGCAGCUCCAAGACUCUGAUGGUGGACGAGAGACAGACGGUGAGGGACGUGUUGGACAACCUGUUUGAGAAAACACACUGUGACGGCAAUGUGGACUGGUGCGUGUGUGAGACCAACCCAGAGCUGCAGACAGAGCGUGGCUUUGAGGACCACGAGAACCUGGUGGAACCUCUCUCAGCGUGGACACGAGACACCGAGAACAAAGUGGUUUUCCAAAAGAGGAAGGACAAGUAUGAAGUUUUCAAAAACCCACAGAACUUCUAUUUGUGGAAGAAGGAUAAGAAGUCACUUAAAGACAUGAAAGAUAAAGAUAAAGAGCUCCUUCUGGAGGAGAACUUCUGUGGGCCGUCGGUGAUCGUACCUGACCUGGAGGGAGUGCUGCAUCUGAAAGAAGAAGGCAAGAAAUCCUGGAAACCUCGCUACUUCCUGCUGCGUGCCUCUGGAAUGUAUUACCUACCUAAGGGGAAGAAUAAGUCGUCUAAGGACAUGGUGUGUCUUGUGCAGUUCGAUAAUGUCAAUGUGUAUUACUGCAACGAGUACAAAACCAGAUACAAAGCCCCCACUGACCACUGCUUCAUCCUCAAGCAUCCUCAGAUCCAAAAAGAGUCUCAGUACAUUAAGUACCUGUGCUGUGACGAUGGAUGGACCAUGAACCUGUGGGUUACAGGAAUCCGUAUCGCUAAGUAUGGUAAGACGUUAUAUGAGAACUAUAAGACCGCCAUGAGAAAAGGCUCAUCGCUGUCUUCAGUUUGGACGAACCGGAACCUUCAGCCGAGUCCAUCAACCUCCAACGCGUCCACACCAUCUCCAACACCGAAAGCCAAAGCAGCCAACGGACACGCUCCUCAGCCUCGUUCAGAGCCGGCGGUCAAGGCCCCAGCUUUAAUUCCACCACCUCCAGCCGAAGUUCUGCCCCCUCCACCACCGGACCCCAUGCCGCUACCUCCUCGAACCUCCAUGCCUGUAAAGAAGCAGCUCUCAUCAGUCGCCCCUCAGCAAGCCAUGCCCUCCUUCCCUCCUCCACUCUCAGACUUUCCGCUUCCUCCACCUCCGAGCGACGACUUGGAGCUUCCUCCAGACUUCUUACCUCCACCUCCUCCCAUGAUGUCAGGAGCGUUUCCUCCACCUCCUCCCAUGAUGUCAGGAGGGCUUCCUCCACCUCCUCCCAUGAUGUCAGGAGGGCUUCCUCCACCUCCUCCAGAUCCGUUCCUCCCUCCUCCUCCAGCUACAGGUGAAGAUCAUCUUCCACCACCACCUCCUCCUCCUCCAGCUAUGGGUGAAGAUCAUCUUCCACCACCACCUCCUCCUCCUCCAGCUGCAUCCGGAGGUCCUCCUCCACCUCCUCCUCCUCCUCCUCCAUCUUCUGGAGAGGGAUUGAAUCGCUCUGCAGCCAGUCUGAGGAAAGUCGCACCUCUGCCUCCAAAGAGGACUACACCGUCACUAGCGGCGCCCUCUGGUGGUGACUUCAUGUCAGAACUCAUGGUGGCCAUGCAGAAAAAACGUGGUGGGCAGUGAACUUUCAGCAAAUUCACCCUUUUUUUCUACAGAGGAAUUGACUUUUUUCAUAUUCACAUGCUGUAAAUAUGUGGAUUGUCUGGAUAAAUAUAUUAUAAGGAUGAAACUAGCAGUGCUACACUGUACUGCAUCUCUUUUUUUUUUUUUAGGGGGAGUGACAGUUGAAACUGGGAAAACAGGAAUGAAAUAUUACAAUAAAUGUAUAUCGUAAUGUAUUGUAAUGUAAGUUGUAUUCACAAAUGCUCUUAUUUUUGUGCAACUGGAUAAGGAUAAGGAUGAGUCCCCCAGUCAGGUAUUUCAGAUAAUAUUUCAACAGUAUCAAUACAAAAUCAUGUGCUUAAAAAUAAUUUUUAAUAAAAUGAAAUACAAAAACAA